AUGAUGAAGAGAUUGUUGCUGCUGAGGCUCCUGGAGUCCAGAUUGAUCAACCAGAAGUGCAGGCCUACUGUGGCCAUUCACACUUCACCAGUUGAGCUCGCACAACAAGCUCGAUCGGCAGCUCGAUCGAGUCGAACUCUAGCUCGAUCGAGUCCGACCUCUUCUGUCCAAACCAUUUUGCUUGAUCCUUACCCCGUUGCUCCUCGUCUCGCCUACUUAGUCAAGGAUGUUCUAGCCAACAGUGAUAAAGUUUCAGAGGUCCUGAGAGUCUACUCAUCAGUUCAACCUGCUUACUUCACCCACUUUCCUACCAAAGAGAAGCUAGGCAUUGCUGGAGCCUUGCAGCGCCCUACUACUUCAAUCAUGUUUGGAGAUGCAACUUCUAAGUCUCCUCUUGGAGUGUUCAAGAACUAUCACUUGAAAAUUGGAGAAUGCAUCAUCCAAACUGAUCUUACUGUGAUGGAGAUGGAAGAAGAGAAGGAUCUACCUCUGUUAUUGGGAACCCCUUCCUUACCUAGAGGUUCAGACUUUUGUGCCACAAUUGACAGUACCAAUCUCAGUUCUAAGAGUCAUGAAGCUACAAAGGUUGUGAAGGAAAGGGUUGACAAAGAACCAAGAGUUGGGAAGGAUAAGGUUGAGAAGGACCAAGGAUUGACCAAGAUUGAGAAGCCACGUCUUGAGAGGGCUAGAGUUGAGAAACCACGUUCUGAUAGGCCACGAGCUGAUAGACUUGUUCAAGCCCCUUGUGUGCUUGAUGAAGAGAGCCUUCAAGCUUUGUUUGAUGAGCCACUAGGAAGGGCUCUAAAAGAAGGGGAGGAUGUAGCCUCUAAGGCAAGACCAGGUGAUAAAAGAAAGGAUCCACCAGCUCAGGCCCCUUCAGUCAAGCCAUCUCAGCUCACAAUGACCUUGUUCCCCACCAAGUUUGAAAAUGGGAAGAUUGAGUACAAGAUAAGGUACAAGGGGAGAUCAAGGCCAUUCUCUAGAGCCAAGGCCUUGGUGACUUCAGAACAGUCCAGGGACCCAACCAAGCUAAAGGAGCUUCUGUCUCAAGUCCUCACUAUCACCCUUGAUGGUGGGACUAGCUCAACCAAUGCCUAA